UCGCUGUGUCACAGAGAGUCCCCUUAAGCCUACGUGACAACUCACAUACUGUCCCUUUGUGACCAGCUUAAUCGGCAGAAUGCCCGGUCUCUGUGUGCUUUGUCUCGCCGCCGCGCUGGCUGCGUUCGCCCGGCUCGCCGGCACCGUGGGGCCGGUGGUCCGAUGCGAGCCGUGCGACGCCGGGGCGCGCCUGCUGUGCAAGCCGCUACCGAAGGACUGCGCGGAGCGGGUGAGGGAGCCCGGCUGCGGCUGCUGCAUGACGUGCGCCCUCGGUGAGGGACAGGCGUGUGGAGUGUACACGGCGCGCUGCGGCUCCGGCUUGACCUGCCAGCACCAGCCGGGGGAAAGCCGACCGCUGCAAGCUCUGCUGGAGGGACGGGGAGUGUGCUCAAGCGCCGCGUCCAAAAAGCUCAACAGGAUUCUCAUACCGGCGCAAAAACAAGAUACAAAUCAGGUAGAAGAAGGCUGUGCGAACGUGACGGCGACGAUGAUGGUGUUGCCUGGCGUGGUGACUGUCAAGGGCGGCCACAGUCACGGGUCGAUCGACACCAGGCCUCCGCUGCACAACAAGCUGAUCCAGAAAGAUCACAACAGGAAGACUCAGAGUUACAAGGUGGAAUCAGUGACAGGAGGAACCAAUAUGGACAUUCACAACUUCUCCCUGGAGAACAAGAGGGAGACUGAGUAUGGGCCGUGUCGGCGGGAGAUGGAGAGCAUCCUGAGCAGUCUUAAAAUCAGCAACGUGCUCAACCCGAGAGGCUUCCGCAUACCCAACUGUGACAGAAAGGGCUUCUACAAGAAAAAACAGUGCCGUCCAUCCAAAGGCAGGAGGCGGGGCUACUGCUGGUGCGUGGACAAAUACGGGCAGCCUCUGCCCGGCUACGACGGCAGGGAGCGGGGUGAGAUGCAGUGCUACAACAUGGAGAGCAAAUGA